AUGCUAAGAAACUCCAGGAAUAUUUAUAUGAAUAUCCCCGUGCACAAACCAUACGACGUGCUCAAAGAAGCACUACUCCGUCGUUUGGCUAUUUCUGAGGAGAAGCGCAUACAGCUUCUACCGUCCAGGAUACAAUUGGGAAGUUCCAAGCCAUCCCAGUUGCCGCUUAAUAGGCAACGUGCUACGCCGGAUCUGGCUCCAGUGGCUCCCGUAUUACGUGCACAGAAUAUACUUAAUGUCUUCGCCCAUGCCCACAGUCUCGACGAACUAGCCGAAGCUGUAGACCGAGCCAUGGAGUAA